CGCUUUGCUCACACACAAUGAAAUGAACGAAACUACAGUCGGGUCGUCAGGCCACAACCCGCUCACAUCAACCUCAUCAGCGGUACCUUUACCUCGCAUCCUAAUCAUAGACCAUUUCGACUCGUACACGCUCAACCUCCUCACGCUCCUCGCCGCACUUUGCAACGAUUCCUCCAGCGUCUCAGACCGAGUCGUCGUCCUACCGCACACUCACCAUUUGCUCGCCUCGCAAGACGCCUUCUGUCAACACCUCCUUCCACACUUCGACGCUCUCAUCCUCUCUCCUGGUCCUGGCUCACCCGAUCGAAAGGCAGACUUCGGCUUUGGGCUCGAGUACCUACGCAAUGCUGCGAAAUACCGUCUGCCUACAUUGGGCGUUUGUUUGGGACAUCAGGGUAUGGCAACCGCCUUCGGUGGAGUAGUGAGACGGGCCAAAUCGAUACAGCAUGGCACGCAGAGCUCCCUGCAAUACUCCAAAGGGGACGUCCCUCAAGCAGGCAUCUUCGCCAACGUACCCCCCGGCACGCGCGUAACGCGAUACAACAGUCUCACCGUCGACCCUUCUACCCUGCCGGAGUGUCUUGAGAUGACAGCCUACGCCGACGACCCCCGCAAUGACUGCGUCGAAGCCCCACCGCAGGUCUCUGAGCUGAUGCGCAGCCGGGCCACUUCCCCGACCACUACCAUGGAGUCGGAGCGGUGCGUGCUUGGUCUGCAACACAAGACUUUGCCACUUUGGGGAGUGCAAUUUCAUCCCGAGUCGAUCGAGAGUAGGGAGGGCGUCAGGAUGAUGCACAACUUUAUUGAGAUGGCGAGGAAGUGGCAGAAGGAGGGAAACGAGACAGCAUGCGGUUCUAGCUUGAAAAUCCCCCCGAGCAUCUUGGCAGAGGGGGCACGAUAUGUGGCGGCUGCUCGACCAUCGCCCACAUGUGGGGCUACACUGCCGAAGAAGCUUUGGAAGGUCGUCGAGGUUGACUUCGGUGACCUGCCAGUCGCCGCGGAUAAAGCAGAGGAGGUCUUUGCCCGCCUUUUCAAGAAGGGGGCCAGGCACCCCUCCGUCUGGCUGGACUCUGCAAGACCUGGUGAUCCGCAGUCCAACUUUUCGUACAUGGCCUCGCCAAGCUGCUCGAUCAAGUACCGAGCCGGAAGUAGGACCGUGGAGCUCUACGGCUCUAGAGCGCAGCAGCGCACGUCGCUACGUCUUGACCAGGGGGAGGACUUUUGGCAUUGCAUGCACCAGGCCCAGCAGGAAUUACAAGGACUGACGCAUUUCGACAGGUCAAGUGGGGCGCCCAAUGUCUUUCGAUGCGGGUUCGUAGGUUAUUGGGGAUACGAGAUGGGGAUCGAUAGCCUUGGCUUGCAGGAGGACGAGACCAUAUCUUCGCCUGGCAGCGAAGAGGUAGAAAGCUUGUCAGCGUCCGAGUUUGGCUUCUGCCCAACCGUGCUUCAGCUUGACCACUCAACGGGCAGAUGGAAGGGAUACAUUCUCGAGCGACAAGACGGCGCCCAAGGCAGCGAGCGACGCUCACGACUCCUCCUCAGCAUGAAGGAUCUACAUGGCAUCGGCCUCUCUCCAGCGGAUGCUCGUAAAUGGGCUGACCUGGUCAGGACGGAGCUCACGGCCAUCUCUUCUACUCACGCUCGAUCAAUUCUGCGCGCUCCGCCGCCGCUCUCGACCCUCAUCUCCCCGCUUCAUCCCGUGGAUUGUCCCGAAGACUACCAGCUCAAGGUAGAAGCGGCUCGCGCUCUCAUUGCGCAAGGGGAGAGCUACGAGCUCUGCCUUACCAGCCAAUUCUGCGGCCGGCUCAGCAAUGCAGGCGUGGACCACUUCUCCGUCUACCGGGCUCUCCGCGCCAAGAACCCCGCUCCAUACGCCGCAUUCAUGGAGCUUGCCCCCGAGGACAGCAGCGGUGAUCGGAGACGGACGAUCCUCAGCACCUCACCGGAGCGUUUCCUCAGCAAGACGUCCGCCGGCCUCGUCGAAAUGAAGCCAAUCAAGGGCACUCUACCCCGCGCCGGCCUUACCGCCCUCGACAAGGCUCAUCUCUCCCGACUCCCUACUCCAGAGGCCCGCAACGCUUGGCUACAAGAGCAAGACGCUCUACGCCGCUCCCUCUUGCAAGCGGAUAAGAAGGAGAGGGCCGAGAAUCUCAUGAUCGUCGACCUCAUUCGGGCGGAUCUGCUCAGCUUCUGUGAGGCGGGAAGCGUUCAUGUGCCUGGACUGAUGAGGGUCGAGAGCUUUGAGAGCGUGCAUCAGUUGGUUACGACGGUCAGGGGUGUGGUGGUAGGGGCGGGCAAGGGUGGGAUGGGAGAAGGAGUGGGACCCGUCGAGGCAUUGAGGCGGUGCUUCCCACCGGGAAGCAUGACGGGUGCCCCGAAGAGAAGGAGUGUAACUUUGCUUCAGAGAUUGGAAGGCAAGAGGCGCGUGUCCAAUGCAAAGGAGACUGCCGCACUCGAAGCUGUUCAAGAGGAGUGCGCUACUCCCAGCAUCAACGCCUCCUCCCCCGCCUGGCGCACCUCGCACCGCCCACGCGGCGUCUAUUCCGGGGCCCUAGGCUGGAUCGGCGUAGAUGGGGCCACAGACUUUUCCGUCGUGAUCCGCACCGCGGUCCUCGACGGCGAUGAGGUAUCAGUCGGUGCCGGCGGGGCUAUUACGUACUUGUCCGACAAGGAGAAGGAGUGGCAGGAGGUCCUCGAUAAGGUUGAGGCUCUGUGCAUGGUGGAUGUGCGGGAAAGCUCAGAGUAGAGGGAGGGAGUGUCACGAACUCUUCAAUGCACCUUGCUAAUCGUACAUUAUUCGGUACACUU